UGCAUUUCAGGUAGCCACGCGCCUGUAAAAUCUUCUCACCAUGCGUCAUUCACUUUUGGCAGGCCUUGUGGCCAUUGCCGCUCCUGCUAGCGCCUGGCUUCCAGGUGUGCACAAGGAUAUCUACGCCCGCGAUGGUUCGAACCUGUUCAACACCUCGGCCGUUCCCUCCGGCGACAGCUCGAAGCGCUGGCUCCCAGCGUCCGGCAAGAUUCGAGGUGUGAAUAUGGGCUCCUUGUUCGUCUUCGAACCUUGGCUGGCGGAAACAGAAUGGCAGAAUAUGGGAUGUGGGGCUUAUCAGUCCGAAUUUGACUGUGUCUCUGGGCUCGGCCAAUCCGCAGCAAACGCUGCCUUCCAGAAGCACUGGGGCAGCUGGAUCACCAAGGACGACAUUACACAAAUGCAGAGCUAUGGCCUGAACGCCAUCCGUAUCCCAGUUGGGUACUGGAUGGACGAGAGUAUCGUGUACUCCGACAGCGAACACUUUCCCCAGGGCGGUCUCAGCUACCUCUCCCAGCUUUGCGGUUGGGCAAGUGAUGCCGGGUUCUACAUCAUCAUCGAUAUGCAUGGAGCGCCGGGAGCCCAAGUUGCCAGUAACCCAGACACCGGACAGUAUGCUCCCAGCGCUGGAUUCUACGUCGACUACCAGUACGAUCGUGGAACCACAUUCCUCGGCUGGCUUGCAAAUCAAAUCCACACUGACAACAACAUGAGAAAUGUUGGUAUGAUUGGCAUAGUUAAUGAGCCCGUACAGGGUUCAUCAGAUGAUAGUACUCUGCUGUCAUACUUCUAUCCCAAUGCCUACAACGCCAUCCGCAAUGCGGAAUCAGCCCUUGGCAUUACCUCAAACAACUACCUACAUGUCGAGCCUAUGAACGAGUUGUGGGGUGCUGGAAACCCCAACCAGAACUUGAACAACCCUGUAUUCAUGGCAUACGACGAUCACCGAUACCUGAAGUACGACAGCUCCGUAACCGUCUCCCAAUCGGCAUAUCUUGAAAACUCCUGCACUGCCAACCGCAACAGCGACAAUGAGACCCCUACCAUUGUCGGAGAGUUCAGUCUCAGCCCUCCGACUGACGUGCAGGACGACUCGGACUGGGACACCAGCACCCAGCAGGCCUUCUACAAGCAGUGGUUUGCGGCCCAGGUUACGAACUACGAGUCCAACACUGCGGGCUGGGCCUUCUGGGCCUGGAAGGGUCAGCUCGGCGACUAUCGCUGGUCUUACCAAGAUGCCGUUUCUGCAGGUGUCAUCCCCCAGAACAUCAACGAUGUCUAUAAUGAGAACGCUUGCAGUGGAUACUAGAGCGCGCAGCACGCUAAGCCGAUGCGCGAUCUGAUCAAGUGGAGGACGGUUAUCUCUCAAUCCCUCCGCCCAUUAUCUCUGUCUUGCAGUAUAAUUCCUCUCUCCGCGCAGGGAUCACGCGGACAAGCUUUUUCCAUGUAUAUAGUUCCGACGUAAAUAUUGCACAAACUCGAAUCCAAAUAAUCAAUCUAUCCGAUCAUUUCC